AGAGACACAGAGAAGAUGUAUGCCAUGAAGUACAUGAAUAAACAACAGUGCAUUGAAAGGGAUGAGGUUCGGAACGUGUUCAGAGAAUUAGAGAUUCUACAGGAAAUUGAGCAUGUCUUCCUAGUGAACCUUUGGUACUCCUUCCAGGAUGAAGAAGACAUGUUCAUGGUGGUGGAUCUACUUUUGGGUGGUGACUUGCGCUAUCAUCUUCAACAGAAUGUGCAGUUUACAGAAGAAACAGUUAAACUAUAUAUCUGUGAAAUGGCAUCAGCUUUGGACUAUUUGCGCAGUCAGCGUAUUAUACACAGAGAUGUGAAACCAGACAACAUUCUCCUUGAUGAACAAGGCCACACCCACCUAACCGAUUUUAAUAUCGCAACAAUCAUCAGAGAUGGUGAAAGAGCAACUGCUCUAGCUGGAACUAAGCCUUACAUGGCUCCGGAGAUCUUUCAUUCCUUUCUGAAUGGAGGAUCAGGGUACUCCUUUGAAGUCGAUUGGUGGUCUCUGGGAGUGAUAGCAUAUGAGCUUCUGCGUGGAUGGAGGCCUUACGACAUCCAUUCCAAUAGUCCUGUGGAAUCGUUAGUUCAGCUGUUCAGCACUGUGAGUGUUCAGUAUACAACAGCUUGGUCAAAAGACAUGGUGGCAUUAUUAAGAAAGCUUUUGACAGUCAACCCUGAGCAUCGUUUUUCUAGUCUAGCCAACAUUCAGACUUCCUCCUACUUAUCUAAUGUGGACUGGGAUGAAAUUUGCGAGAAGAAAGUGGAGCCUGGCUUCGUUCCUAACAAAGGCCGUCUGCACUGCGACCCCACUUUUGAGCUGGAAGAGAUGAUCCUGGAGUCAAGGCCCCUGCACAAGAAAAAGAAGAGGCUUGCGAAGAACAAAUCCAGGGACAACAGCAAGGACAGCUCACAGUCUGAAAAUGAUUACUUGCAGGAGUGCCUUGAAGCAAUUCAGCACGAUUUUGUCAUUUUUAACAGAGAAAAGUUGAAGAAGAGCCAGGAUCAGAUGAAUGAGUCUCUUUCUCCUCCUGAAACCACUGAUGAAACAGAGACUGAAACAGAAUCUGAACAUUCCAAUGUAAACCUGUGUAGCUCAGUCUGUUCCUCUACAGGAAGCAGCUAGGACGAUGAUGGGGCGAAGGGGCCAGAAGCUUGUGUGCCUCUUACAUAAAACAUUCUCAGGUUGCAGAUGACAGUACAGCAGGUACUUUUGUGGAUGGGGAAAUAAAAAGAAGACGAGUCACACAAACCAACACUGUAGAGCCACAGAAAAAGCAAGUAGUUCUUACAGAACUCAUGGAUUGGAAAAAAAAAAUAUCUCCUGUUACCAGAGACUUUGCUACUAUGCAACACCUCAACACAACUGUUCCAUUUCUUUCUUUGUCCGUUUCUUUUGAUAGGUGAUCUGAAGCAUAUUUCAGGGACACCAAUGCAACAUAUAUCCGAGAACAUGCCGAAUGAAAGCGGGCAAGGUGGGAGGGCUAAAGCAUUUGAAAAGGCCCCACCACUCUUGUCCUAACAGUCAGACAAAAGCUAGCGGCAUGCAAAAUUGCCCCUUGAUGUUUUUCAGAGCAUUUGUGGAUUCUUACAGAGCACAGCAGUUGCCAGAGUUACCCACUGGGCCCGGGGCGUAACUGAUGCCCUUGACUUCAUGUGGCUUUUUAAUAAGCUUGAUCUCUGAUUUAACAAGUGCUUUGGAAUCCACCCAUCUUGGGCCAACUGCCCUGACUUUUACAGCUGGGUUUUUAAAAGGGUGCAGUGCAAGGUAAUUUUAUUUUUGUCAGACCACUGCAUCUUUCCACAAAGCUGUCCUUGACUUUCAAGGAAUUGUUGUAUGCUUACAAGCACCUGAACUAAGGUUAGCAUUUUCUUCACUCCUGUAAAGGAGCAGGAUAUUAGCGUGGGUUGAUUGAGAUGCCCUAAUGAUCGAGGAAGUAACAUUUAAUUCACUUCUUCAUGCUGUUCAAAGUGUGAUUUAAAUAUAUCAACCAUUGGCACCUGUCUUAACUUCUUACAAAAACUGGAAAAUGUUGAUGCUGGUUCCAGCUGUGGAUACUGCCUUUUUUCACUGUUUCAAAAGUCACUUUUCCCUCUUUCUUA